AUGAUGAUGUCUUGGUCACACCUUGUAGUAAGUUUUAGUUCUUAUGUGAAAGGGCUGAGAGCACACAUUGAAAUAGACGAUGAGUCAACCCUUAAAAGAAUUACUCUGGAAGCAGAGGAGGGGUUAAUGGUGGGUUCUGAUGUUUUUAGUUUUAGAACGCCCAAAAAAUCUGGUCAGAUGGCUCAAAAAGCUUCUGAAGCCAAAACACCAAAAAGUGCAGCUAAAGAAAAGGAACCCAAAACUCCUAAAAGUGCUUUAAAGACACCAAAAUCUAAGAGUACCACUCCUGGAAAGAAUGCAAGGAUUCUCGAAGAUGGAGAUUCUUCGUCAGAUAACAGUAUAUCUAGUGAAAGUGAUUCAGAUAGCGAAACAGAAGAUAAAUCAACCAAUCAGAAACCAGCUUCAGGUCGUAGCAGACAAAUUGUUCAUGGUGAAGAUAUGCUACAUAAUUACGCAAUAUAUGCCAGAGCAACAACUAAUGCAGAAGAUUAUUUCGACCUCCAUUCAGAAGGGGCUGUAACAUCAGAUAGGACUUUAUCAAAACUAGAAACACCAAGAUUAGAUCAUGAAGCGUUGAGUAAAUUAUUAAAAAACGUGACUACAAGUCAUCCCAAACAUACCAAGGAAAUGUUAGAAGAUCAUUCUUCACAGUUCUCUAGGUGGAUGUUCAAUAUGUGCAAUGGUUUUAAUAUAUUGUUAUAUGGUUUGGGCUCUAAAAGGGCUUUAUUAGAAGAAUUUCGUAAAUCCCAUUUGGUAGAGUUUAAUCAUAUAGUGGUCAAUGGUUACUUUCCUAGUCUUACCAUUAAACACAUAUUAAAUAUAAUAAAAGAAGAUAUAAUAGAUGUACAGGACACUUUUAAAUCACCAUUAGAUCAGUAUGAAUAUAUCAGAAAAUAUUACGAGGAAUCCGAAUAUGAAGAUUUUUAUAUGAUAAUACACAAUAUAGACGGAGCAAUGUUAAGAGCAGAAAAAGUCCAGAAUAUUUUAAGUUUAUUAGCUCAGAUACGAGGUUUCCACAUUAUAGCCUCCAUUGACCAUAUUAAUGCUCCUUUAAUUUGGGAUCAUACAAAAUGCAGUCGUUAUAAUUGGAUAUGGUAUGACUGUACGACCUAUAUCUCCUAUUCCUCGGAAACAUCCUAUGAGAACUCUUUAUUAGUACAACAAUCUGGAGCUCUAGCCUUAAGUUCUCUCACUCACGUUAUGAAGAGUUUAACACCUAAUGCUAAGGGAAUAUUUUUAUUAUUAGCUAAACAUCAGUUAGAAAAUAAAGACAACAGUACUUAUAUAGGGAUGUCAUUCCAUGAUUUAUACCAGCGAUGUCGAGAAUCGUUUCUAGUUAACAGUGAUCUAACACUAAACGCUCAGUUAAUAGAAUUCCGUGAUCAUAAACUCAUCAGAUCAAAAAAGAGUUAUGAUGGUGCUGAACAUUUGUUGAUACCAAUUGACCCUGCUACGUUGGCUGAAUUCUUAGACCAACAAGCAGAUAGCUGA